AGCAAAGGGGUUUUACUAAUCUAGAUACUUUUCUGGCGUUCGAUUCGUGAUAGUUUGGCCUUGCUAGCGAUUUAUUAUCGUGGCAGCCGGUAUUUUCGCCUUACGUCAAUUCUAAAUUCACCUCACUCUGCAAACUUCCGUCAUGACAGAAGCUGAGAACUUCGAGGACGAUCUCUUCGCCGACCUGUACGAAGAUACCGACGCAAGGCCCGCCGCGCCGAUUGCGAGUGCUGUUCAUAGUACCGAAGCCAAAGCUCCUGAGCAGCCCGAGCCAGUGUCUGCUCCUGCUCCUGCUGGUGACCUGGACGAUGGCGGCCACGAUGCGAUGAACCAGGAUGUAGACGACGACGAUGACGACGACGUUGACUUCAACCUGGGAGGAGGAGGAGGAGCCUCCACCAACAACCACAUGAUGCCACAAGACGAUAUGCCGUCAACUCCCCCAUACGGGACUGUUCAUAAAGCUAGUGCGAAGGAAGAUGGGUGAGUUCUCUUGUUAUGUGACGCCACAGUUCUCCGCGUAUAAUCCCCUUUUCCCAUACUACCUGCGACAAGUGUCAGCAGCGGUGUUGCAAUGUGAUAAGAGCUAUCAGCCAGCGCGUAAUCCUGCAUCCUGCAACCAUAUGACGGCAUACAUUUGCUUAGAGCAAAGUGACUGGCUUGAUACGAUGGGAAAGCAAUCAGGUUCAGCUCAGGUUCAGCGGUGGAAUGGCCUGGUCUACCAGGGAGCACAGUAUCAACGAUCAUGAGAAUUGUCGGCUGGGUUUUAUCCUGAUAUUACCGGGGAAGAGUACAAUAAGACGCCAUCCCAAGUGAGAGAUAUCCAAAGGGAAAUAAGAAGAGGAGGCAAUGGCCUUUGCCCGUCUAGAUGCUGGUGGGGGUUCAAACUUUGAUAAAGUUGAGGACAAACAAGAUGACCUACCGACCAACUCUUUUCAAUUCCACUAUGGAAUCCCUUCUUGUCUAUUAUAGCUCUCAGUCGCAGAGUCUUAAAAUAGCCCGACGAGAGCGCAUGCACUUCUCGGGAGGCUGUAGCAAGAUUGACAGCGGGUAGCGCUUAGGGUCAACUCGUACCUAGCAACAGACAGUCAGAGACAGAGUCAAAACGAUAGCACAAAAGACGAAAGACAGAAAAGAAAGGAAAACAAAAUUCGACAUAUUUCUGGCACAUUGCGUCCCUUGCAGUCGCUGUCAUGCCAUUGGAUAUCUCUCAAGCAUCGCGUCGCAGUGGAGCCCAUUAAACGCCGUCAAUGACAUCUGCUGUUAUAAUCUCUGCUUCAAUUCCGACAAGUAAGAGGGAAUGCUUUGGACAUGUAUCGCAUCGGAUUUUGGGAAAGCCGACAGCCAGAUACGUGCCGCCUGAGGUCAUGCGCAUAUAUUCACACCUAAAUAAGUCCUUCCUUAUACGACAGGCGGCAGGGGCAAGCACACAGCCUUGACUUGAGAUAUAUGCAUGUUUCCUCAGUUGGCAACCCCUCCAAGGCCACUCGACCAGGUGACAGCAACAACGUAUUGCGAUGGACUUUCACCAUGGAUCCCAUUUAUGCCUCAAAGAAAGCUGGCAACUGC